UUGUGGAGAGCCGGCCGUGAAAGGUUCCUUAUAGAUCCAUAUGCUCUCAAACCAGUGAUUUCCUGUGGGAGCGUCCCAUCGUUCUGCUUCUGAAGGCGUAAUGGACAGCACGUCUUCACGUUCAUUAUCCACGAGAGGCGAUGCCAUCACAGCUGUUUUCUCUCGUGUUUCACUUCAAUCAGAACUUUGGAUGUGAUUGAAGAGUUGCUGUUUUAGUCCUUGAACCAUUUUAGAAAAUUUGUGGCAAGAAGAGAAAACUGUUGUUGUUCUGAGCAUCUUCCUUAAAUUAAGGUGUCAAACAGCUCAGUGGAUCAUAACUAAUAGAUCGCUUCAUGGCCGGAUCGUUGCAUCUAAUUUAGGAUUAGUUGCAUCUCACUGCUAAUGACUCCUUUCCAGAAACAAAGAAGUCAUCCGGCCCUAUCCGCUCUCACACUCAGACUGGAUGCGAACUGACAGCACAAAGUGAAUCGGUUCCCCGUUUGCCUGCAGCAGUUCUGGACAAAGUUGCAUAGGGGAUUAGAAAGAAAGGCCAAGAAGAGAAUGUGGAAAGAAAAUCAGAAAGGUUCUGAGCGUCCAGCAUGAUGGACAACACGCUGCUUGAGAAGGAUGCUCCAAGUCUCCAUGUGUCAGCAGACAGCGGCUCCAUUUCUUUAAUCAGAUUCACUUCUUAGCUACUGGUUGACGACCAUCAUGGAGGAGAGCAAGCUCAUCUUCAGCCUGGACCGCCACGACGAAGGUCCGUCUGUGGCAUUUUCCAAAGACAAACCACCAACCGGUCGACCUGACAUGGGGAUCAAUCUGGACCUGAUCCAGGGCCACCGCUCACAGCCUCCCUUCCUGCCUCACUCCCCCUCAUCCCCAGGCUCUUUGGCCGAUCUGUCAGCAUCAUCAGCAGACCCGCUCGUCACCACCAACCUGGUCAAGUCCUCCUCCACCGACCUGGAGCCGCGGGAGAGCAGCUCUCUGAGGGGAAAGCCUCUCCUGAGUCUGGUCAAGUCCCUCAGCACGGAGAUCUCCCGCCGAGUUGAGCCCGAGGUCAACCUCUCCAAGUCCGAUUCCAAGCUGCAUCUGCAUCCCUGGAAGCAGCUCACGCAUCCAAAGAUCCCUGAGGCCAGGCCUGAAGCAGGAGCGCUGGGUGAGAGUGACGACUGGGUGUCGCCUCCCUCCACGGGGAGCAUGUCGCCCACCGAGCCCCGGGGCAGCUCGCUGAUCGCCGAGCUGGAGGACACACGGAGGAAGUUCUCUGAGGCCAUGCAGGAUCCUCUCAGCAUGCUCAGUAAGAUUAUGGGGGACGAAAGCCCCAAGCAGGGGAGGGCUUCUGGUGCAGGAGACUCUCCAGCCUCCCAGGGCAGCUGUGGAAGAGACGGAGGCAGCGAAGAUUCAGAGCCAAAGUGCCGCCGGAGAACGGACAGCGAGCUCAGAGGAGCGUGUGAAAGUCCCCUCAGAAGACUCCAGAAGGACUCGCUGAUCAAAUCCUUUCCAGAGCGACACAGCCACAGCAGGGACAGCCAUUUGGAAAUCUGCACCUAUGGGGACAUGAUUCAGGUGGUGGAGCUCCAGAGUGCAUCCAGAGGGGCACCUCACAGAACUUACCCCCCGUCUCGAGUCACGGUGCCGGGGUCAGCAUUGCCUCUUCACUGGCUCUUCCCUGUGGGACUUCUGGCUUACGGGUUCUUCGUUCUGCCGCUGCCCUCCUACGUGACGGGUCUGUCUGUUGGGGUUGCAUGUGGCUUCAUUCUGGGCCUGGUGGUCGUGUUCAUGUUUGCUCCGCGACGCUCUGCUGCCAGAAGCAACCGGGACUCUCGCCUGAACAAAUCCAACCCCAUGAACAUGGAUCCACUGGAUGGAAAACUCAGAGACUCAGAAAUCCUCGAGGGCUGGAUGAAUGAGACUCACAGCUACGACCCUGAGACCUUCCAUCCCUCCAUCACACACUCUGUCUUUGUGACGCUGGAGGGCAGCCAGCUGCGCCUGGCUUACCCACGUGCCAACAUCCCCCGGUGGGCAGCUUUCGACGAGACGCCCCACGAGGCCGUGUUCUUGCAUUCACGCAUUUACCAGCUGACUAACUGUAAGGUGUCUUUGGUGCCUCCUGGUUUGGCUCGUAAGAGAGUCUGGAACAAGAAGUACCCCAUCUGCAUCACUCUGGCUGAGGGGGAGGUGGGGGAGGAGAGCCUGUUCGAAGGGCACGAGGAGGAGGAGAGGGCGGUAAAAGAGACGAUCCUGGACUACCAGCUUCCUCUCACCCUCUACCUGUUCGGCCGUACAGGCAGAGAAAAAGAGGAGUGGUUCCAGCACUUCCAGUCUGCUUCCAGGGGCGGAGGCCAGAGCAGCGUGAGCGGUGAGGAGAACAUCGACACGCUGUGCGGUGCCGAGGUGCUUAAAGAAAACACGGAGGAGCUGCCCGACCUGCCAGGAGCAAUAAAAACCAGAACCCUGUUGGACUACAGCACCUACAUGACUCAACUGAUUGGCUCAGAAAGCUGCAACCCCACGCCCAGCCCCUGCCACAGCGACAAGGAAAGCCCGACAAGCUGCCAGAAGGUUAACAGUGAAGAGCAUGGUUCUGGGGGUCCAGUCGGAGCUGAGCCUAGUGCAGGAACUGGGCCGGGUGGAUGCUCUGCAGAGGGACAGUCCGCCUGGGUCAACUCCCUGGUGGGCAGGAUUUUCUGGGACUUUCUCCGGGAGAAGUACUGGACCGAUCAGGUGGCGCACAAGAUCCAGAAGAAGCUCAGCAAAAUUAAGUUGCCAUACUUCAUGAAUGAGCUGACUCUGGCUGAUCUGGACAUGGGUACCUGCCUUCCCCAGGUCCUCAGCACAUCCAAACCCACACUGGACAGCAGAGGCCUGUGGCUGGAGCUGGAGCUGGUGUACACGGGCUGCCUUCAGAUGACCCUGGAGACCAAGAUGAACCUCUGUAAGCUGGGUAAAGAGGGCGAGGAUGAGGCUCACACUGUUCCAGAGACCCAGCUAAUGGGCAGUAAGCCGCGGCUGUGCAUACUGGCUGAUAGUGAUGAAGAGUCCUCCAGCGCGGGGUCGUCUGAUGAAGAGGAUGUUCCCAUAACCGAGCCUCAGGCGUCUCUGGGCGAUAAGAGCACAGCGGCAGCAGCUGACGGGCACACGGGCAGCAGCACAAGUAGGAAGAUCCUGAGGUUUGUGGACAAGAUAGCGAAGUCCAAGUACUUCCAGAAGGCGACAGAGAACGAGUACAUCAAGAAGAAGAUCGCCGAGGUCUCCAACAUGCCCCUGAUGCUCAGCGUCGAGGUCCUGGAGCUUUCUGGAACUCUGGCCGUCAACAUCCCUCCUCCUCCUACAGACAGGAUAUGGUACAGUUUCCGGGUGCCUCCCAGGUUAGACCUCCACGUGCGUCCCAUGCUGGGAGAGAGGGAGGUCACCCUCACCCACGUCACCGAGUGGAUCGAGAAGAAACUGCAGUGCGAGUUCCAGAAAGUGUUUGUCAUGCCGAACAUGGAUGAUCUGUAUCUGCCCCUGAUGACGUCCGGCCUGGAUAACCCACCUCCGUCCCACCAGUCCUCCAUCCACUCCUCGUCCCACCAGUCCUCCAUGGAGUCCCAGGACUACCUGUCAGAGUAGAACUGCUCUUUGGUUGAUGAAAAAUUAAUGUCUUAUGGAUUCUGAGGCUGAGCUUAAAGCUACCCUGAGCUUGGCAGUGACCUGGAGACUGUGAGAACGGUGCUGUAGCGCCCCCUACUGUGAAGCUGGCUGAACUGUAUCUAACACCCUGACAGCAGACUUUUUUUUCUAAAUAGACAGAAGGCCACAAAAAACUGAAUGUCUUUCGAAGAGGAUGCUAUUUGUUCACACUGUCCAUCCAUUUUCUAAUCCGCUGUGCAGGAUUGCAAUCUUGAUCCAAACAGAAACUGAAAAACGUGGAGAUGAUCAUCUGAAAAACGUUCAGAGCCGUUCAACCAAGCUGCCAUGAUGCAUGUUUUGUCUGCACAGUGUUGACAGCCUCAUGGAUUUAUCAACGAAAGAAUAAAAGUUGUUUAAAACUUUAAA